AUGAGAGGGGGAGCUGAUCAAACAUUGUUCAUUAGAAGAAAUGAUGAAGUGUUCUUGGUAGCACAAAUCUAUGUGGAUGACAUUGUGUUUGGCUCUACCUCCAGUGAGUGCGCUUUAGAUUUUGCCAAAGAGAUGAAAAGUGAGUUUGAGAUGAGCAUGGUAGGAGAAUUGACCUAUUUUCUUGGUUUCCAAGUGAAACAACUCAAGGAUGGGAUUUUCCUAUCCCAAUCCAAGUCCGCAAGGGAACUUGUCAAAAAGUUUGGGCUUGAGUCAACUAAACAUUUUAGGACACCAAUGCCAACCAACCUAAAGCUAAGUAAGGAUGAAUCCAGGAAAGGGGUAGAGGAAACAUUGUAUAGGAGCAUGAUUGGUAGUCUCUUAUACCUCACUGCUAGUAGACUGGACAUAGCUUUUAGUGUUGGAGUGUGUGCUAGGUAUCAGGCAUGUCCUAAGGAAUCUCAUCUCAUAGCUCUUAAGCGUAUCAUUAGGUACAUUGCUGGUACUUUAGAGUUGGGUCUUUGGUAUCCAUUUGACACUCAUUCUGAUGUAGCUUGCUACACUGAUGCCGAUUGGGCUGGAAAUGUGGAUGAUAGGAAAAGCACUUUAGGUGGUUGUUUCUACAUUGGAAAUUGUUUGGUUGCUUGGAUGAGUAAGAAGCAAAACUCUGUUUCGCUUUCCACAGCUAAAGCAGAAUACAUUGCUGCCGGUAGUUGUUGUUCCCAGCUUUUGUGGAUCAAGCAAAUGUUGAGAGACUAUGGGAUUGAUCAAGGAACCAUGGUAGUGUUUUGUGACAAUACUAGUGCAAUCAACAUCUCCAAGAACCCAUCAAUCUAG